ACAAAGCAGCAUGGCGUUUGCCACUGACCACAAAUAAAAACUAGCAGACAGCUUUCAUAACACAGUUGUCGCGCAGUUAAUAACCUUUCAAUGUGACGCUUCCUUUGACGUCUCUAAGGCGCGGGAAUCCGCCAGUGCGGUAAGCUCCUCGUCAAGCGCCACGUUUGCGAAAUGUCAGUUGCCCAAGGCGUCAUUGUUCGAGUGUCCGAGAGCUCGAGUGUCCGUCCGCGUCGCGGAGUUUCCGUUCUUUCGUAAUUCCGAACGUCCAUUUCUUAGCUUGUCUCCUUUGCUUCAGUAAACCGGGGCUAUUGUUUCUGUCCAUCCCGGUCCGUUCGACUGGACACGCUCGUAGUAACGCAAUCGACCCGGGUGCGAUACGACGUACCGGUACGCCGUGCGUUGUUUGUCGACCGAGCACCAUAUUCCCGGGGAACAAUAGCUGAUCAUUUAGCUAUUACCCGUACGAUUACCGACCGAUAUAACUUGCUUCACACUGAUUUCGUGGGCCUCCAAACGAUAGCAAGGGAGGAUGGUACAGUACUUCUACCGGGGACUUGAACGUAUUCGCUCGAAGCGAUCGUACACUACCGUCUCGUUUACCGGCCUGUGUCACAACUCUUCGCGCCACGUUCCCGACGAAUCGUGCCUCGCACGCAGGGCGAUUUUCUUUUUCACCAAUCUACAAUUUCCUCGCCUUUAUUAAGCUUUCUGAUACCUCUAUACGUGUAAACACGAACCGCAAGCGCAUCGAAAAUUUGAUAAACAAGCGUACGUUUUGCGAUACACCGAUCUUCAGUUCCGCGGUCAGUCCGAUCGUGAACUCUUCCUACAAACGGCGCAUCGUUGCUGGUCGGCGCCUGGCGAUAAGAUAACGAUCGCGGACCUGGCGACGUUCCUUUCUUGUGUCCGGAGCCUUGAUUACGAGGUCAUGGCUCCCGGCCGCGUCGUAAUGCCUGCGUGAAGAAAGAGCUGGUACGAGGAAACCCGGUGAGGCAGCAGCAGACGACACGACCUUCUCGAUCAUGGAGCCCUCUGGUUUGACAACCGCAGAGGCUCUGCGGCGUCUGCAUCACAGCCUCAAGACGGAACUGCAACAGUUUAAGCGUAAGGAAUGCCAAGUGACGUGGCUCGGGGAGUCAUUCCACCACAACAAUCCGCACUCUAUAUUCCGCUGGCCAAGCGUGGUGUUGUUGCUCUUCGAAGUGGUGGCAUUUGUGGUGGCCUACUCUCUUGGAGGGGGACCCGUGUUGGUUGGUGACUCUCUGUUCCUCAUCUGCGUGCUGGCGCUCAAUGUCAUCCUCGUGAUCUGGGAGACAAGAAUACGUCACAUGGAAAUGAGGCACCGCGCCCAGGCCAUGGUCAACACGUUGGCCAACACAUUGGGCCACGGAAGUGGCGACGAGGCGCCCUGGAGCACCUCAGACUACGCUCCGCUGUUCCAGCCAGCAUCACCUUGCAUCAGCCUGCAGUGGGCCGUGCGCGACGACAAGCUGGUCAACGUGCCUGUGCACCUGCUGGUCGAAGGGGACGUGGUGGUCAUUAGGCCUGGACAUCAGGUGCCGGGAAAGUGCAGGCUGCUCACAAAGGGCAAAGAAACGCCACUGGUUCUCGAAGAAAAGGAGACGUUCGUCCCAGAGACGGGUAUCGGAACUUGUGCCACCUUCACGGGGGCUCGGCUACGACGGCCGGUCGAGCCUCGCCGCUUUGUCAUGCUCGAAGUGCCUUACCUGAAGUUCUUCAGGCUUUGCCUGGAAAACUCGCUCAUGCGGCCCGUGUCCAUGUUUGCCAAGGAGCUGCACCACGUCAACAGCACCUACCUCGAGAGGACUGUGAUCGGCAUUCUCGUCCUAACGACUGUGCUGAAGCUGGCCCAGUGGCGCUACCUGGGGGACCAAGCGGGCAGUGUGAAGGAGCUGGUGCUGCAGCCCGCCCUGGCCAUCUUGCCCCUGCUGCCGCUGUCACUGCCCGCGCUCUGGUUAGGUCUGCAUGCGCUUGGCACAGCCAGGCUACACCUCAUGGUGGCCACACAGGAGCAGACGGCCAUACAGCACGCCCACGACGACCUCUUCGAAGAAGCGGACGAGGUAGAGUCGACGCACCCCGACAGCUCGGACCUGUCGUGGGGCCAGGUGCGGCCGCUGUUCUUGUCGCUGCUGCGCGGCAAGGCACCGCAUCUCUGGAGGACCUCCAGCCUCCUGCACGUCCUGGGUAGUGUGACGACUCUAUGCUGCGUCGACAAAAAGGGUAUCCUGUCAUGGCCAAACCCAACGCCGGAGAAAGUGUUCUUCCUCAAGCCACCAUGGUCGCGAGGGAGCAGCGGUCACACAUCCAACUUUGGCGGCUCGGGCAAUGUCCGUCACUCAGGCCACUUCGAUGCCUGCUCCGACAUCGUAACGGAGGACAGACCAACUACACCUGGUGCCGGCGACUCGGUGCUUGAGGCAGGAGGCAAGGUGCUGACCGUUGACAACGGCCCACUGAGGCGCGCGUCGGGCCUGUCGGGCUACGAUGCACCGGACCACAUGUACCACCCAGGUACCCACGUUGAGGUGCUGGACCUCACUCACAGCAUGCUGUCGGCCUUCGGGGUCCAGUUCGACGACCCCCGGUGGAAGGACUACAUCAACAACCUCAAGCCACUCGGCCUGAGCAUCCUGCUCAACACUUGCAACCCGGCCACCCAGGAGAAGUACGCCCGCUUUUGCGACCACAUCGCUUGUGAAAGUCUCCACAAUGAGUCGGCCGUUCCUGUCGUCAACAAGCGGUGCCUCUGCGAUCUGGCGGUCCAGAUGGGUUUCACAGAGCGAGCUGUUGAAGCAUACCAGCACCUUCAACACGUGGCUCUCUUCAGGCAUGUGCAACCUGAAGUGGUCCAGAAAGGCAGGCUGGCCCGGUCGCUGAACUUCCCACGGCUCAAAAUGCCUUUUCCCAACAUGUGCUGCGCCGUUGUGAAAGAGGCACUGUCAGGAACACUGCAGAUGUUCACCCAAGGUACUGCGGACCUGGUUCUGGACAUGUGCUCCGAGUACUGGGACGGCCGGGACCUGUGUCCGCUGAGCGACUCCGACCGCAAGCGGAUUCUGGACUUCUACCAGCGGUCCAGCCUGACGUCCUACUGCUUGGCAUUUGCCUACGCUCCACUGCUGCCAUCGCUGCUACUCAACCCGGCUCUCGAAGGCAGCUACCUACAGCUUCCACCUGACAGCAGUCACCUGUUCCGCUCGUCCGGCAAGAAGGUGGGCGGGGCGGCGCUGACGCUGACCGUCGGUCCGGAGGCCGACAAGACGCACAGCCACCACCUGAGCACGGACUCGGUGUGCCACGAGGAGGAGACGAUGGUGAUGGACGCGGCGGGCCGGGAGCAGGCCCUGGAGGCCACCGUGGAGCGGCUCAGGAACCAGGUGUUCAUCGGCAUGGUCACCAUGCAGUACCAGGCCUGCCCGGACUUUGUGAAGCUUGUGGAGCAACUCGAAGAUGCCUGCAUCCGAUUUGUUCAUUUCUCCAAGGAGAAUGAACUGCGUAGUCGGGGCUUCUCUGAGAAGAUGGGCCUCGAAUCUGGCUGGAACUGCCACGUCUCUCUGCUCAGCGACAGGCACAGGACUGACAGCAAUGCGUCAACCUGUCACCAAUCGCAGAUGUCGGCGAGGAGUGUGACAUCCGUGCCCUCCAGUAAUCUGGCCGUGGUGGCCGUCGACCCUCAUGGGGUCAGCAUCGUGGACGGCAAGUCGACGAGCGCUCCACCGCGGAGCAUCAGCGCCCCCAACCUGGUGCACUCCGAGCUGAUCAACAGUCGCUACGGUGAUUCGCCGCAGUCUCGUACGAGUGCCAAUAGGACGGCAGACACCGCAGAAGGAAUUGUGAGUGGCGACGAGUCCGACCCUCUGUGGACCCACGGUGACUCGGCGUGCCCUUCUCCGAGCAGCGCGACUGAAAGCAGCACUGACAGGGGAGCACCAGUUGCCUUUGACAUCUCCAAUCGGGCCAAGCUGCCCCGGGGCAUCGAGAACAUCCGGCCGCACAUUGAGCACGUGGACAACGUGCCCCUGCUGGUGUCCCUGUUCACGGACUGCACACCCGAGGCCACCCUGGAGAUGGUGCGCAUCAUGCAGGAGUACGGCGAGGUGGUCGGCUGCAUCGGCAGCGCCUCCAGCCUCUACAACCUGCCCGUCUUCCUGCAGGCCGACUGCAGCAUAGCGCUGGAGCCGCUGGCCCCACAGCUAUGUGCACGGCAGUUCGCACCAUCGCCGCCGCCGUCAACCAGGGUGGCGGUGACCCCACGGGCCCUCGCCCACACCCUGGGUUCAUUGCCCUGUGUGCUGAGCAGCCCCCGGGAGAAAAGCCUCAGCCUCUAUCAUCUCAUCUGGGAGGCCCGCCACUUCAGCCAAGCGGUACGCAGUGCCAUGCAGUUCCUGCUAUGCUGCUGCCUGAGCCUGACCCUGGUGCAGACGGUCGCGGCGCUGGUGGCGCUGCCACCCGCACUGUCGCCCGCCCAGCUGCUGUGGCUGCUGGGGGCGCUACUGCCUGCGCUGGCGCUGGCUCUCGUGUUCGGCGGCAGCGCCCACGACAACCCCCGCGUCAUGACCACGGCAACGGGCAAAAGCCACCCGCGCGUCAACCGGCAGGUGGUGCUGUUCUUCAUCUGCUGCUACUGUGCCAAGUUCUGCCCGUCUGUGCUAGUCACGCUGGCGUGCUUUGCCCUGGCGCUCACCCAUUCCUGCCAAACCAGUGGCUUCACCCCUUGUUGGCCCUUCUUCUCACAUGGAGGGUCUUCCGAGGAAUCAUCUGGCGUGCCAGCCGUGUCCUGGGUCUCUGGUCUUGCCCUGUGCCAAAACGUCACUGCCUUCUUUCUAGUCCUAUACUUUGUGGCCAUCUCCAUGAGCUUCGUCCACCGGUCACAGCCAGCGUGGAAGAAGAAUCCGGCCUCUAACCGGUGCUGGCUUGUCGCAAGUCUCUCCGUGUUGCUAUUGCAGCUGGUUUUCUGCGCGUGCAACAUCUGGGCGCGGGCGUCGGAGCCACUGGACGUGGUGCUUCCACUGGUGCCGCAGUACGUGUGGCUCACGGGGUUCCUGUGGACACUCCUGCUCCUGCCGCUCAACGAGGUUGUCAAGAUACACGAGAUUAGGGCGAAUCGUCGACAGCAAAAGAGGGCCCGGCUCGAUUUUGGGACCAAGCUUGGCAUGAACUCUCCGUUCUGAGGUCCCCGCUGCACAAGUGCUGGACGCUCCUCGACAAGCGGCCACUGUGAUCACUCCAAGACCCUCGCGGUACAUUGUGCCGACACUACGCUGCCUUCCAAGAUGGCCGCUUGCCCGACAAGGGCUGCGGUGUACCUUCAAAGUUCCUCAUUGACAGUGCGUGACAUAAUAUAGUGACCAGACUCGUGGAGUGGUACCACCAGCGAUUCAUUCAGUGCUUACUGCCGAUGCUCCCAAAAGGUGUGCAGUGGAUGCUCACAGGUGCACGAGAUGGUUGUACCACUGUGUUUUUUUGGAUCACGGUUGAAACCUGCCACAUUGCUAAAGGAGGAGGUGAGGCUUUGCCAGGUUGUGAACUCAACACUGCAUGCUGGGACCGUAACGGGGCACUAGAGGCCCACAGUGGUCCCUCUGGCCUUGCAGCAUUGCUGUCCAGUGUUGUGCUUCGAGGAUUCAUAGACUUUCGUCGGUUCUGUCUCGUCUUGACAUUUCCCGUCGCCUCUGGGAAAGCGUAAGCCGCCGCCGACAAGUUUCUACAGACAGGAGAACACAAGUGCGGAAGCGCAGGGUUGAAAAGCAAGAUGGGGAAAUUAGCAGCCUCACCCUGCGAGACUGCCCAAGCACCGUGGAUGUUGCACCUGCUAUGGCAGGUCCAUUUCUGUGCCAUCCAAUGUGCCUGCAGUGACAGGAUGAGAACGUGCAUGCAAUGAUAGUGUGAACACGUGCAUACAAGUACAGGACAGGUGUGUCUGUGCAAUGACGAGCCAAAAGACGGGCAAGCAGUGACAGCACACAUAUGUGCAUGCAACGACAGGGUAAGAAUCUGGGCACAAUGACAGGAGAGUUCGUGCAUGCAAUGACAGGCCUAAAAUCUGCAUCCAAUGACAGGGCAAUGAUGCGCACACAGUGACAGCAUGAGCGAAUGUGCGCACAAUGACAGGACAGGCAUGCCCAUGCAAUGCAAGAGGAUGUCGUGAAAUGACAGGACAACCAUUCAUGUGCAGAGACAGGAUGAGUAUGUGCAUACGAUGACAGGAGGAGAACACGUGGACCUUGAAAGAGCACUGGAAAACUUUUCUUGGAACCUGUGAAAAAAUGCUGAAAUGAGUGCAGUGGCCUUCAGUGAAUACCAACGGUGAUUUAAUGAACACAGUGUUUGCAUUCCUCGUUCGCAAGAUGUACCGAAAUUUGGGCUAGUUCAUAUGAACUCAUCGGGGUGUGUAAGCGCCGAGCAAAACUCAGUUAAGAGGAGAAUGGACAACAGAGCCAUUUUCCAUCCUCUCCUUAAACUGUGUUCUGCUUCACACCUAAGACGCCACGUUCACUCCCAACUCAUCUGUUUCUGUCAGCCGGGUGGCACCGAUAGCAGCACCCUGGCUAUCCUCUUCUUCUUCUUUCUGUGGUGUGCUUAUGGUAAGGACCUUUCAAUGUUGGCAUCUGACAGUGUUACCUUAAGUGCGACACAAGUUCGGUGACACAAUGGGCUGGAUGCGUUCACAGUCACUGCUUCCCCGCUCGCUAGAAGGUUGGAGGGGUCUGCAUGCCUGUGUGAGCUUUCGUUCAGGAAUAAUCCGUAGUUACGAGCAGUCGAACAAUGGAUGGCGUCUGUGAUCUGUUGCGCGGGUCUUCGACAUCAUAGGCAGAACCUAAUAGAGGCGGGAGGCCUCAAAAGCCACAGAAAGAAAAAGCUAGCAGUCUGUUAUGUUAGAUUGUGGGGUUCCCACCGCAGGUAGCAAAAUAACAUUUGGCUCGCCUGUUCACGGCAGCAUGGUCUGCAGAUGGGAAACAUGUUCUCACUGAGUUCAAUAAGUGUUUCAGUGCCUCCUUAAGGGGAAGCUUCAGCUCUGAGUCAGUUUCUUUAUUAAAGCAGACAGAAAAUGCAGAAGUAUGCUCACCAUAGGCAACUGCUGAACUGGCUUAGAUGAAGUUUGUUGCGUAUGAGGCAAGAAAGUUUUUAUGCUCUAACAACAGUUGAAAUUAGAAUUUUGAUUUAGGGCUUCAACUGUGUCCUAAAGCUUCUUAAAAAUUGAGACACCACAUUUACAACAUCGUGAUUGGCCACCAUAAACAGAGAGUGCGAUUCUGUCAAUUGUAUGUUUUAGAGUCUAUAAAGCAGACAAACAUGAUAUUUAUUUAUUUUUAUUUGCUGAACAUACCUUACAGGCACAUUGACAGUAAGGGAGGUAAUAAAAGUGCAAAGUAACUCGACAGCGUACAAACAUACGGCUCAAAUUUGCAAUUUAACACAAGGAAAUGGAGAGGAAUCGAUAAUAAUGUGCUAUGACGGCAAAUAUAAGGUUGGGCGGGAAAGAGGAUAACACGAAAAGAAAAAAAAAUCUAUUGGCUGGCAUUAUACAUAUGGCAAAACUGCACACAAGAACUAUGAAGUAUACUAAUCACAAUGACGACAGUAAAAAGAAAAGAAACUACAACCAAAGAUAAACAGCCAAAUAUGCGGAUUCUAGGCGCAGGAACAGCUGGCGGUGUUUCAAAGACGCACAACGGUAGGGCAUGCUAAAAACGCAGAAACUAAUCACGUGCACAGUAAAAACAUUUAUCAAUAUAAAGAAUGCAGUCGGUCACAAAGUGGGAGACUGAAAAAAAAAAAAGUAAAACACUUGCAGUGGUACUAAAGAUGACUGAUGUCUUUGGUCGUAAAGCUGUAAAAAUAAUAAGUAAAUAAAUACAUGGGUGGGAUACAGGACACUGGCACAGGAAGUAAAACAAAAUUGUAAAAAACUGGUGGUAAGUUUUUAUUGCGAAAAGAAAGAGUGCAGAAGUUGACAGAAACUAUCGUGGUCUGGUUCGGAUACGAUGUUGUCUGGAAGACCGUUCCACAAACGCAUGACGCGAGGAAGAGCAGAUGAGUUGAAGGCGUGAGUUGACCCAUAUAAUCUCGUGAAACUUAAGUGAUUAUGCAACCGACGUGAUGUAAUGGAAGGAGCAUCAAGGUGAAGUGAGAAUGGUCUGUUGCUGUAUGCGUAUUUGUGAAAAAGGCAUAAAAGGGCAACGUCGCGACGAGCACUAAGAGGUUGAAGUGAAAGAUCGAGCUUAAUUUGCGUUAUGCUGUUAUGGUUGUCAUGAUUGUGUGAAAUGAAACGGGCAGCCCUAUUCUGAACCGCUUCAAGCAUGUUAAUUAAAUAAUUGUGGUAGGGGGACCAGAUAGAUGCGGCGAAUUCAAGCUGUGGACGAACGAAGGUCUGGUAAGCUAGUUGACGGACAUGAGUGGGACGGUUAUGCAAAUUUCGACGUAAAUAUCCUAAAAAUUUUGAAGCUUUUGCACAUAUGGUCGUAAUAUGGCGAGACCAGGAGAGGCUGGGUGUGAAAUGAAUACCAAGGUACUUAUAAGAUGAUGCCUGCGACAGUUGGCAAUUGUUAAUGGUUUAGCAGUAGUUGGAAAUGUUUUACUUGUGUGUGAAGGAGAUUAUUUUGCAUUUUUCUGUAUUCAGCGACGUGAGCCAUUUUUUACACCAGUUGUUAAUGUGGUAACGGUCGUUUUGCAGCGUUAAGUGGUCGCCAGCACAGGUUAUUGGACGGUAUAUGAUGCAGUCAUCAGCAAAGGUUCGCAUGCAGGAAGAAAUGUUUUCUGGCAAGUCGUUUAUAUAGAUUAAAAACAAUAGGGGCCCGAGGACGCAGCCCUGUGGUACACCCGAAGUUACGCGAGAGAGGGAGGAUUGGAAAUUGUUAAUAACUGUGAAUUGCUGGCAGAGUGAGAGGAAGUUACAGAGCCAAGAUAAGGUUAGCAAGUCUAAUCGAAGGGCAGAUAAUUUAGAAAUCAUACGGCAAUAGGCAACACGAUCAAAGGCUUUUGAAAAAUAAAAAAAAUACAGUCGGUCUGGAGGUUAUUGUUCAUGUUGCAAUGUAGUUCUGUAUUUAAUUCUAGUAGCUGGGUUUCGCAAGAGAAACCUUUCCUGAAUCCGUGUUGGUUGUUAAAAAAGAAAUUGUUAGAUUCUAAGUGUCGGUAAACAUAGAAGUGAUUAUGUGUUCAAGAAGUUUGCAGCAGAUGCAACUCAAGGAAAUUGGACGGUAGCUUUCGGGAGUAUGUUUAUCACCGGCUUUAAACACAGGCACUAUUUUACCAACUUUGCAAUCGGAAGGAAGUUGGCCUGUCACUAAAGAUUACCUGAAAAGGUGGUAUAAAAUGUUAGCAAAAACAGAGACGGUGUUUUUAAGCAAUUUAGAAUUAAUAUUGUCAAUGCCGGCUGAAGUGGAUAAUUUAAGGUUAUUAAUUAGAAGUAUUAUGCCUUUGGCAGUUAUUUCGAUCGGUUCCAUAUAUGGGAAGUCAAGAUCGGGUACGUAUGGAACGUCAAAAGAGUGUUCCCGGGUGAAAACAGAUGAAAAAAAUGUGUUAAAUCUAGAGGUGCAAUGGCUGUCAGAAAGUGGAGCAUGAUCAUCGUCUAGCAAAGAUAUCUGUUGCGGAUCGUGUUCGGGGGAUGCAAGUUUCCAAAACUUCUUAGAAUUAGAUUUCAGAAAGGAAGGUAAAGCCCUAGAAAAAUAUUUUUGUUUAGCAGAUUCUACUGUGGAACAAUAAAUUAUCAUAAAAUCUUUGUAUGCCUUCUAUGCGAAAGGUGUGCUAUGUCGUUUUGCUGUGCAGUAUAAGCGUUUCUUUUUGUUUCUAAGCUGCCGGAGGGAUUUUGUAAACCGGGGGUGGGAUUUAUCGUUUUUGACUGUUAUUAGCGGGACGUACUAAUUUGCUAGCGCACACGAUUUGUCUCGAUAAAGCACCCAGUUAUCUUUGAUGGGACGACUGUCGAAGGAUGAUAGGAAUGUAUCAGUGUAGAAGGUUACGAGUUCGACGUUAAUUUUGCUGUAGUUGGCUUUACUAUACUCGCGAACUUUUUUGCUGUCCGUGCCAGAGAAUAGUGGCGGAAUGUUAAGGGAAACCAUCCAUGUGUAGUACGGUACCUAUGGUUUCAGAAUUUACAGUUUGGUUUGGAAUAUAUUGGUUUACAGUUUAAGCACAAAUCAUUGCACUGUUUACAUGUUUUCUUCUGUUUACGAUUUGUUGGUCGAAUUCAAAGCAGUAUACCAUAAUUUAUAAAUUUUUUGCAUUUUAGAUUGAUACUGUUCACCGUGCUCUAAUACAGUUAAACCUCAAUAUAACGAAAUUCUCGAUAUAACGAAUUAUUUAACUUUUUUUAACCUCUUAUCCAUAAAGCCAUGUAUUUAGAACCUCAAUAUAACAAAGUGUGUAUGUAUGUAAUUUCAAUAUAAUGAAAUUUCAGUACCGCCGCAAUAGAAUGCCGAGGCAAUACGCGGGCACAGAUGGUCAAAUGGCUGAAUUAAAAGUGGCUGUCUGUAAACUCACUUCUCAAAUCGCGCACCGCGCGACAAAAGCCACCACCGAAGUGGAGCCGCAUCAUGUUCCAAGUGCGAUAAGAUCCUAUUACGCCCCACGCACUGUGUGCUUUAGGUACGAGUGAAAGUGUGCGAGGAUGAGACAAGAAAGAUGGUGGCUUCACGAAUGCCUCCUUCCCGCGCGAGCAAAGGGAAAGAGGGGGAGGGGAGCGAUCUCGCGCUAACGUGAUCAAGCGCACGCGAAAAGCCAGAGUCAGGGCAAAGUUGGCACGCGUCUCAGCCGUGGUUGCGCAUGGCUGUAAGCAGGGCCGAGCACAUACGCAGCUGCGCAUCUGCCACGUGUGCAAAGAGUGGGCGUGCCGAGAUGGCGUGGUUACAUGUAAGCUGUCUUGCCGCGCGUUCAGUAUCGCAGGUUGCGAGUUUCGGUGACCCGUUGGAGCGAGAGGCAGCCAAAGCAUUCGCUCCCCGCUGCCAGCGCUUUUCCUGGUAACGUCGUCCCAGUGCAAGCGACGCUAUCAGCCAUGGGGGCGGAGUACGCGGUAAAGUGUCGCUGGCUUCACUUAAUUCGUACCGCCGAUGUGAAGAUAUCGUCAACAUACGCGGCAUGAAACCGUAUCAUUAGCCAAAAUUAAAAUGCUUUCUCAUUCAAAUUUGUUUUUUUCCGAUGGCUCAUUAAUUAGAAAAAUUCUGCGACCCCUUUCUAUGUAAAAAAAUAUUGAUCGCCGAUUGUACUUAUUUCCAUAGAACGAAAUUUCGAUAUAGCGAAGUAAAUUGCUGAUUUACUGACUUCGUUAUAUAGAGGUUUAACUGUAUUUGUUUCUGCUGUGAAGUUAAUCUUAUAACAUAAGGCAUCAUUUUAUUGAACUUUUCUUACUUUUGGCAGUUUCUUUAAAAAAUUGAAGGUCUAAGCUGCUCAGCUGCUGCAUGUGCUCAUAUUUUCCACUUGAUGGGACAGGUGGCUUUAUUGCAGGGCAUGUGGCAGAAUUCCUUGCUUGUUGUUAUCGACGUUCAGAAUAUGCCAAGCUGUGUCCCCUACAAAAUGUGGCUGUUGUGCUGCACCAAACUGUUUGCAUUGGUGCGAGUUGCUUGGAAAAUGACCCAGGCUCCCGAUAUGGUAAAGCUGUUGCUUCACCUUCACUCGGUUGUGCGACCAGGUGCUUAACGAAACUGUGUUAGCAAGGUGUGUUGUCAAAGCAUCUUUGCAACCUGUGAAAGUGCAGCUCCAGUAGCUAAUCAUUUGGUGGAGUUGAUAUUUCAUACAAAUACUGUGCAGCACUGCUAAUAAUGACAAGGAACAAUUGAACAUGCAUGCGCUGCUCACUGGCAAGUGAAGGCAUUGAUUUACAUGUUUCCUUUCUUCUAUACUGUGUCAUUUAUGUCAAAAUGUCUACCGCUUGCACACGUAUGGGCACUACCACAAACACAACUCGGGAACCAGGACUUGUUAGUGUCAUUAAACUUAAACAGCCCGUUGUUGCACUUAUAACGUGGCUUGCAACCAUCUGCAGUAACCAAAGCCAAGGGCUUAGAGAAACUGAAACAGUGUGCAUAACUAUUUGCAACAAAGCAAGUGCCCGUAAUUCUCAAACUUGCGCCGGUCACGGAAGUUUUAAGGAAAAGAUGCGCGCACAGAAAACCAAACGUAUUACUUGGGUGAUAACAGCUAAACACGUGUUGCAUGUCAAACUUCCAUUGCUCUGUUUUAGGUACUUUGUUUCUAUGUCACUCAAAAAUAGGGUAGUUAGCACGUCGGAAACAAUUGUGCGUUUUUUUCUUACCCUCGCCUUUAGUACUGCUGCAUUAGCACACAUGUAGUAAGAGUGGCCACAGUUCCAGAGCUGUUGGGCUUCCCGUGUGAUUGGACGCUUCAGAAGCUGCUCGAUUCGUGGAGGCAUUGUUCACGUCCAUAAGCCAUUUGAGAUUUUCAAAGCAUUAGCUUUUCUUGGCUCAUUCUUCAGUUUCGCACCGUUAAUGUCAUCCGCAGCGAGAAAGGCAAGAGAGGCGUGAGAUGUCGCCUCCAUUGGUGGAAGCGCAUGCAAUGCCCAUUACGUGCACUUCCGCUAACAAGAGAGCACAGUUCGGUCACGUGACGUAAAGCUCGGUUCCCUGGAACACCACCAGAUGGUAUUGCCCUCUGUGCAUCAUGGGUGGCAGAACACACCUACUGUUGCCCGCAGUAUCGUGGAAGUUGUGGCGUGGCGCAAUCACACCUCGCCUCCCCCUUUGGGAGGCUAUGGUGGCACUGCCAUUUACCGACACACCCCAUUGAACAGAUGGUGUUUAUGAGAGCUCCAGCUGCGGUGGCUCGUCCAGUUGCACCAGUGUACGCUUAGAAACCUGGCGAGCACUCGAGCAUUGGAUAGCAGUGUAGUACUUUAAACCUGAACACUAUAAAACAUCCUUUAUACUGAAACGCCAUGGAAGAAACAGGGCCUCCAAACCCCCAGGCGAUUUGGCAAGCUCGACACCAGGUGCAAGAAUGCCCAGCCCACACCACAGCUAAUGCUUAAACAUUCGCAUUGUACACUUGUGACCGUCUUGUGACUUUUUUCUUUUUAAAGAAAUGUCUGAUGAGGCUUAGUAAACUGCCAUUGUCCAUGAAUACGCCUUGGAAAAGUCUUGAUGCCAGCUGAACGCCUUUUUAAGGUAUCGUUGUUUUAAAUACAGUGCAUGCAAGUUUUGUCGAGGAUGUGUGUGCAUUUUAGAAGUAGGUGACUAAAGUGUACUAUGAAACUUUUUCUGAAGAACUUGGAGCCUGUGUUCCUUGAACUCAAGAGUAAGAUUUGGAUUGUGGCUUGACAGAGUCAAAGUCUAUGGCUUUUGAACUUGCUGUAGCGUAGAUGAUGUUCUGGUUGACAUUCAAGACGAAAAAAUGAAGUUGGGCAGACCAUGUAAAAUGUAGUAGCAAUGGCCUGGUUAUCUGUUGGCUCCAAGCUGAAGCUGUCCUUGUUUGGCCACUGUUGAUUACACUGGUUUGUUGAUUACAAUGGUCUAUCGUUCAUUUCAUGUGUGAUUACAGCGAGUGCCAGAUUGGAUGCCAAGCGAAGGAAAAUGCUGCUGAUAAUAGCAUAAAAUGAAUUGCAAAAUGACAAGAUUAGGAAUUUGCAUUCAUGGGUGCUUUUGAUUUAUGUAGGACAUGGAUGGUUAUAGUGAGAUCUAUGGAAGAAGCCUUUGGUUCACAGUAGACUGGUGAUGAUUAUCGUCAUCGUCAUGCUUUGAUGCGGUAGCAAGAGAGUGCUAUACCAGCCGCUUAGUUUUUCUCAGCGUUUUAUUGGUGCUUGAACCAUGAUUCGAUUCACGAGCGCAGUUGUGACUAAAUCCACUUUCUUCAUGUCAAGCCCACUUCCCUCAGUGUUUCCAACCGAAUAAUAUGCUACAUACUGUCCGCAGCACGUUUUUUAAAAUACUAUUAAACUUUUUCAUCGUUAAAUUGAACUUCGUUUCAGUGCUUCGCAAAGAUUGAAAGAGAGAAUUAAAAAGCCAGUGCUUUUGAGCCUGGAAAAAGCAGUCUUGUCACAAAGCUUACUGUUGGUUUUAAAUUUAGCCCAAAUUAAUCUUCACAGCAUUCUAGCAGCAUUCUGCAUACAAGUUCAGUUGGGUAAUUUGUGCACUCCUAAAAUUAGCCCACUUUUGCAUUGCCUCAUGAAGUGUAUAGGCACUGUACAGCACAUAAAAAACAAUUUUACAGCUCGGAAACUGGCUCACGGGAGCUGAAUCGAAUGCACCAAGUCCCUUUUUUAUUGUAUGUCUUUUUAGUGUAACGUAGUUAGUACUGCUACAAAACAAAAGCACCUGUGUCAUGAGCAUUGGGCUUAGUGACCUCAUAGUUCUCACUGAGCAAAUUUUGUUUGAAACAUUCACUUGCAAAGUGAGAGUUGUAUCAAACUCUUUUGUUACACCAAUAGUUUAGAUGUGUGUUGUUAUCUAUGAUGUUCGAUACGAAAUACCAUUUGCAAGAAAUCGCUGGCAUUCUGAGGUGCCAGAAAGGACAACUGUGUUGUGCGUAGUAUUAGGAAACCUAGCAGCAAUACUGACAAUGUGCUUGACUGUGAUUGACUCUGUACGGAACUAGAUGGCUAAUAUUGUGGGCUUCUUGACAAACCUCUGUAAAGAUGGAGGGGGCAGGCUGACCUUUAAUGCGUGUGUUUUACAAGCUGCUGGUUUUCUUACUGUAUCAAUAUUUCAGGCCGCACCACAUAUGCACUCAGUGUGCUUGGCUUCUAAAACGGGAUCUUCAUAGACCAUUUGAUCCCUCUCGUUUAGCACACUGAGUCAAAAGGCUUGCACCAGAAUGUGUGUUGUCAUUGUUCCAGUGUACCUCUGAAAUUCCAGAUGUGAAGCAUGGUAGUCUAGGUAAAUACCACUCAGAUCACUUUGACAUAUCCACAUUUACGCUGAGCACGACUGUAUUGCAGAGGUGCAUGAGGACAGCGAACGACUUUUUGAAGCCAAUAUCGCAUGCUUUAGAUAGGAGACGUUUGCAAUAGCAAAAGCCACAGAGUUCAACUUUAUUCACCAAGCCCGGCCCGGGAAUAACGUAAUGAGUCCAAUUCUGUACCUUCUCGCUCUUCGGCAGUCGUCAAAGCAGCGCUCUAUCCACUAUGCCAUCGUCCGGCCAUAAGUGGUGAAUGAUCACAAAGGAAUAGAAUCCUUCCUGGAAACAGAUCCUUACAUUACGCCGCCCUACGUGUCGAAGGAGUACUGACAUGAUGUUUUGUCGUUUUUAUGUGGAGAAUGGAGGCAUGUACCCUCCGAGCCCUAGAGAAAAAAAAAAAAAAAUACACCGGCAAGCAUCGGAGCACCUCGAAAAAUGUACUUGUGCUCUUUUCUGCAAACCACUUUUCGUACCCAGGAAGUGUGUGCAUUGCGACACUGUGUUGUGCCAGCUUGCUUUGUUCCUGCAAUCACUGCUGAUGCCGCUCGUGAAUGCAGCUGAAAGAAAUACGCAUAGCGCUCUUGUUUGUACUUUUUCUUUACGAGAAACGUCAUCACACCUAGCAGUGCUACAAGUUGGGCUAGUUGGUUGUAUUGUAUGUUCUUAGUAUUUCUUGCUGAGCUAUUUCGGAACACCAAGCACAGAGCAGGACACAGGCAGGAGCACAAACUAACGACCGUUUUAUUUCAUACACGUUAGCAUUUACAUUCACAUAGAGUUUGUGUUACCCAUGCAUAUAGAAUAGGUAGGUAACCUGGUUCGCUUCUGCUCCUGCGUUUUACAUUGCAAAACAGCAUAGUAAGAAAACGAAGAAUCAACACACUUAACUUUAUCACUACACAGUGUCGGCAAAUCUUGCUUUGUGUCAUGGCGUCCUCAUAAUGUCAGUGACACCAGGUUCAGCCUUUCGAGACUAACUUUUGUAUAAAGUUAAGAUACCUCGUAUUUUCCAAUAUUCAUAAUUGUUAAAUUUGAUCAUUUUACGUGCAAGAACAUGUGGUAGCAUUUAUAUAACUUUGGAAAAUGUGUCUGUACUCUUUUAAGCUAAAAUACUCCAAAAUUCUGAAGAAUUUAUUUAAAACAAGAAAAAAAACUUCAAUUUAUUUUUCUUACUAUCAAAGUUUGCACAAUGUUUGGCAUGCUCACGUCAUUAAAAUAGGGAGUGACAAUAUAGAUGCCAUUGCAGGAAUAUUGAGAUUGAUUUGGGUUUGUUUUAAUCCUGUGCGAUUGUGACAUUAUGCAUUGUGUAAAACAGCACUCCAGACAGCCACUCUCGCACAACUUUUCAUACAAUCAAUUGCACCAAUUCUUUCUGUUGUGAUCUUUUAGACGGUGUUUCAGUGUCACUGUAGGGGCCUCACCAGAUCUUCCAUGAAGCCAAGGACAAUGGAAAGUGUUUUGCUGUUCAAAAGUUCCUGGUCAAUGUGUUUACUUUGGUUCUGAACCAGAGUGUUGCUGUUGUGAAACGUUUUGUUCUGAUAAACGCAAUAACACCCUUC